CAGCUUUGGCUUCUCCAACUUUCGAAAUAUCAACAUUGCACCCUCAAAGCUUCAAGUUCACUGCAAGGGAGACGAGACACUUUAUGUAACUCCUGGGUAGUAACAAUCCUGCACUAUCUCCCUCUCCGGCGUUCGGAAACUCUGAACUCAAUAAACAAGAAUGCCUCCUCGUCGAAGCAAAGACGCAGCGCUCCAGCUCGCGCAAGCCCUCGUCCGGCCGCAAGCAGCACAAGUGCCCAUUUCACAAAGUUCAAGUUCGAUAUGUAUUCAAUGCCGACGGACCAUGAUGACCCUGCCGAAACGACAACCAGACACGGGGCUACGACCACUAUCGCAACCGCGUACACAAUUAGCAUUGCCAUUGCGCAAUCCCAAUCCAUCGGCCUUGAAGUCCUCGGCUUCGCCAUUCACCACCUCAAGUCCCCAACUCAAAAAACAAUCCUCAUGCAAAAAAUCCGCCCGAAAAUCCCCCUCCGUCCAACCUCCCAAUCCCGAGACCGUGAUCCCCGACAACGCGGCCGAACGGGAACGCGAGCACGAAAUCGACCCGUACGAUUUCUCGGAUCUGAACAACAAAAUCGCCAAGGCUAUUCAACGUCUCAAGGACGGCUUACUCAAGACACGGGAUGCCGGAAGAGUCACUCCGCAAAUGGUCGAGGGAUUGCCUGUGGAGAUAAAUGUCAAGGGUCAUGAUGCCCAUGGGGCGCCGCCGCAUAAGGAGAGGAUGAAGAUUGGGGAUUUGGCGAGUGUUACGCCUAGAGGAGGGAGGAUGAUGCAGGUGUUUUGUGCGGAACAGGCGCACGUCAAACCAAUUUGUUCCUCAAUCCUCGGAAGUCCAUAUAGUCUUGUCCCCCAAGUCGACGCCAACAAUCCCCUGUUGGUCCUGGUUCCCGUGCCGCCCAUGACGGCCGAGACGCGCGCACAGGCCCGCGCCGAAGCCAAAAAGGUCUAUGAUCGCGCAACUCUCGAGGUGCGUAAUGCCAGGGGUGAUGCACAGAAACGGUUCCGCAAGAUGGAGAAUCAGAAAUUGGUUAUUGUGGAUGAGUUGCAUAAGGCGCAUAAGCAGAUGGAGGAGAUUGUGAGGAAGGCGGGGGAUGAAUGUAAGAAACUUUAUGAGGGGGCUGUUAAGGCUAUGGAGGGUUGAAAAAAAAACAUCGUCAGUUCUUCUUGGGUGUAGGGUAUUCAGGAGAAGGAAGGGUUGGGUUCAUGGCCGCAUUAUAUCAUAUCAUACUAUACUCGAAAUCGGAACCCCCACCAUACUAUAGAGCUGCGGGUGAAAUCCGAAAGUUCUUGUGCCAUGGGGUGUAUAUAUAUACUGUCCAAGAGAGGUGAAGCUCCAUCUAUGGUCGUAGGUUAUUCUCUGCGUGUAUACAUACAUACAUAUACAUACUGUCCAAAAAGGGGUGAAAAGCACGGAGAAGGGACUGGCGGGAGGAGACAGUAGACAGACAAGAAAAAAGAGAGCGUGCGGGCAAGUGGAAGAAGAUGAACAAAUGGAGGAUAUACCUAGGUAGGUAGGAGGUAGUGUCCAUUAAAUAAAUACCUAAACUUAUGGCAUAGGCUUACGACCUGUUUGCAGUGGUCACUGACCAUGGAAUACGACAUAAUUCACCCACACUGACAGUCAUACUGGCCCUGAUAUUGAUCCAGGCUUUGACCUAACCGUAACGAUGAUCAUGAACCAGGGGCACAUUCUGUCUCACUUCC